AUGCUUCGUAUCAUUCUUGAGGAGACAUAUGUACGAUUUAGUGGCUACAUAUUCAAGCAAAUACAGGGUGUACCAAUGGAUGGUAAUGCUAGCCCGGAUAUUGCAGAUCUCACACUGUCAGUAAUGGAGUAUCGCUUCCUUCGUAAGAAUCUGGGGUUUCAUUUCCAUCUCUUUCGAUAUAUUGAUGAUAUUUUAGUCGUGAACUGCGCCAAUUUUGCUGAAAUUGCGAGCAAUAUCUACGGGCCCAACCUACAACUCAACACCACUUAUUCCGGACAACAUGCCUGUUUCUUGGACCUCCAAAUUCUAUGCCAAAAUGGCAGAUGCAUUUUAGCAUAUACAAUAAGACCUUGGACUACCUAUUCACAGUUAAUUACGGUGAUCAUCCUGAUAGCGAUAUGGACCUUGCAGUACAAGAUGGCGUUAUUAUAUCGCAACUACUCCGAUAUGUGCGCAUUGCUACCCUUCCAGAAGGGCUUCUUGACUGGGCUAGACGCCUCAUAA